AUGUGUAAUAAAACGUACAAGACACCUUAUGGUGGUAUUGGAAAUUUGAAAACACAUUAUGCUACUCAUUUAAAAGAUCCUUUAGAUAAAGUCGUUCCUGGAAAAAGGAAAUCGCAAACGGUUUUACCAUCCGCAUCGUUCAAUACAAACUCAACCGAAGUAGAUAUUCCAGAUGAACCUCAAAUUUUAGACCAUGAACCUUCUUGCUCUAAAUAUUCAAAAGUACAGCAAACUUUACCUAGUAUGGUAAUGAACAUUAAAUCAACAGAGAGUGGCACGAAAGCAGAAAAAAUUACAAACGCUAUAGCUUAUUAUAUUUGUAAAGACAAUGUGCCGUUCAAAACUGUUGAAAAUGAAGGUUUUAAGCAUUUGAUGCAAACAGCAUGCCCCUUGUACAAAAUUCCUAGUAGGAAUACUAUUAGAAGAAGAAUAGAUGACAUAUAUGAUGUCAUGUCUUGUAAAUUUAAAAAAUCUCUUUCAAAAGUUAAUUUUAUAGCUGUUACUACUGAUGCGUGGACGGAAACAAUGCAGAUGAAGAGUUUUCUUGGUAUCACAUUACACCUUAUUGACAAUUUCUGUUUAAUAUCAAGAACUGUUGGUACUGUUGAAUUGGAUGAAAGUCAUACUGCACAAUACAUUGGAAGAACAUUAGUGGAAACUCUAGCCAACUGGGGAUUAGAAAAACAUAAUGUUGUGGCAGUUGUUACUGAUAUAGAAAAAGCAAUAGAAAAAACUCAAGAAAUUAAUACAGAAACUAACGUUAAAUCUGGUGGUGUCCCAUUAUUACUAUCUAAAGUUCGAGAAAUAGUUAAAUUUGUUAAGAAAAGUUCAAAAGCAAAUGAUUUACUACGCAAAUAUCAAAGUAUAAAAGGCAAGAAAGAAGGGCAAUAUCUAAAGCUAAUAUUAGACGUUAAAACACGAUGGAAUAGUUCUUUUUAUAUGAUUGAAAGAUUUUUAAAAUUAACCAACUACAUAUCACAAAUGCUUCUUACACUUAAUUUUAAUGCUGUACCCGAGAUGUUAUCUGCUCAUGAAUUACGUUGUUUAAAAGAUAUUUAUUCUUUAUUAAAACCAUUUGAAAUACUGACAAGAGAACUUUCUACCGAAAUAUCUGUCAUGUCCAGUAAAGUUAUUCCAAUAAUUUCUGGUACUAGAAAUGAAGUGCUAAAGCAAGAUCCUGAUAUAGUUAUUGCAAUACAUUUGAAAAUAAAACUUGUUGAAGAAUUAGACUACAGAUGUGGAUCUUAUGAACAAACACCUUUACUACCAAUUUGUACAUUAUUAGAUCCACGUUUUAAAGAUAUGCAUUUUCAGAAUCCACUAGCCAAUUCAAAAGCUCAAGAAAAGAUUGUUCAAAUGAUGGAUAGUGAUAAUAUUGUGGUGAAUCUGGUGUCCCGUCAAAUUAUCGCGAUAAUAUUGUCGCGGUAA